AUGAACGAAUUCGACGCUCCGUGCAGUAUUUAUCUCAUGCAUACCACCGAUGAGAAGGAAACCAGGCGAUGGCUAGAGAUGAUCAACAUAACCAGUAAUGAGUUCAAACGCCUUCAAGGCCGACAUAAUGACUUUGAGAGUCCGACUUACGACAUGCGAAAAGUGCCACCGUGGCAACAAAGUCCACCACAUUGCUUACCACCACCAGUGAGCCAUCGCAAAAGCAGCAGUAUGGAUUCACAAGUUGUAGCGGCUCAUGCUCAUUUGAAUCACAUGCAUCGAGCCACCACUUUAUCGUCAACUGAACAGCUCGAUCGAAAUCCGGACCUGAGCGACUCUCCCUCUCGGAUGGCGCCACUCCACAAAUUGAGCGUGGCCAGCUACCCGUUGUCCAGCAGCAAAAGCAGUGUCGACCUACAUCUGACUCUCACAGCCGAGCCUUCAACGCCCAGUGAGUGUCCUCGUUUUUCAAGAUCGGUUUCGAAUUCGUCCGAUCGAGAUGCGGAGGGGAAACGAUCACGCAGUGCAUCUCCACUGCUCAUGGACAACAGUAAGCGGACAAGCCAAGAAUCUCAAGAAACGCUCCAACAACCCAGCAGGGCAAGAUCGGAGGUCUCUACACCAGCUGAAGAAGUAAGUGGCAGUUCCACAAUAGUAGAAGACGAGCUUCGUUCCAUCUCAAGGAGGUACCACACAGCAGACGGUAUCGACGUGCUGAAACCCAAAGGAGCGAUGUUACAAGGCGGAAUUCUCAAGAGAUUCUCUUGGAACGUCAGUUCCGCGGUUGGAGCGAGCAGCCGAAAGAUAUCCGCAAGACUUGGAGAGCACAGUAGACGACAUUCUCAAGCGUCCACCGCCGCCUCUUCAGAAUCGUUUGGUAGUUCUACGUCUGGAAUCUCGUCAUCGUCAUCGCAUGCAGAAAAUGAGAAAUUUAGCCUUGACCUACAUAUUGUGUUCGGUUUCAGCGCAUGCAAACUUGCAAUUCGUGAAUCAAUCGAAAAAGAAAUUCGCAUCGAGAAGGACAGACAAGAACGCAGACAACGUGGAGAAGAGCUCAUGGAUGAUGAAGCUUACGAUCCAGUCCCCGAAAUUACUCGCGCACACUUCGAAGAGGCCAUGAAAUUCGCCAGGCGAUCCGUUUCGGACAACGACAUCCGAAAGUACGAGAUGUUCGCACAAACCUUACAACAACAGCGAGGUUUCGGCAAUAAUUUCAAGUUCCCUGGCGAGCAGCCGUCGGCUCCUAACCAGCCAUCAGGUGUCCCAGUUGGAGGAAAUGACGAUGAUGACCUCUAUAGUUAA